AUGACGACCUUCUGCUUCGAGUGCGACUCCAACGAAGCAUCGUAUAUCUGCAUGCAGUGCGAGGAUGUCUUGUGCACCGAGUGCUCCGCUAGGAUACACCGCAAAGGAGCGAGACAAAACCACACCAUCUUCAGCCUACGCAAGGCCGCUUACUCGAGAAAGCUCUUUGCUAAUAACAUCGCUUCCCUCACGAUGAUAAUAGAGAGAAAUAUUUCCCUGUCACAGCCGCUGUCCCCAUGGAUGCUCUUCUACGACGAGACCCUCAAUCCCUACUGGUAUAACUUUCGAUCCAGGGAGUAUGCUCGUUGCUUGGCAAACGACGUUCUACAUCCUCCAGCUGACACUGAAGAGGAUGGUGCUGGAGUAGACUUGCUGGCUACUCGGGCCGCCAAGAGAUGCGCUAAGGGAGCGGUCUUCUAUAUCCAUCCGCCGGUGAAUAUCAAAUUCGCGUCCCCAUCGGCGGCGAGUUAUGACGUGUUUGCCCCUAGCAUGCCCAGACAUAUGAAUGAUACUGCUGCUGCUGCUGUUGAGAAAGAUUUCAGAGGUGCAUGA